AAAUCAGCUGAUCCAGCGUAGACAUCUUUAGUCACGACUACAACGGUUAAUUCAUACAUUCCUAGCUGUAUUUCACUGGUAUUUCAUUAAUUGAUUGAUACAUCGCACUAAAGGAUUUACAAUAUUGUAAAGCAGGUUGCAUUUAUUGUAUUGAAAUCACGGUGUUUAUCUUUUCUUCAAGGAAACAGAAUAUCCUAGACUGCUGCAACCAUGGCGCUCAGCGAUGCCGACGUUCAGAAGCAGAUCAAACACAUGAUGGCCUUCAUUGAGCAGGAGGCCAAUGAGAAGGCAGAGGAAAUUGAUGCCAAGGCGGAAGAGGAGUUCAACAUUGAGAAGGGCCGUCUGGUGCAGACCCAGAGGUUGAAGAUCAUGGAGUAUUACGAGAAGAAAGAGAAGCAGAUCGAGCAGCAGAAGAAAAUUCAAAUGUCUAACCUGAUGAACCAGGCUCGUCUUAAGGUGUUGAAGGCUCGCGACGACAUGAUUUCAGAAAUGUUGAGCGAGGCGCGUCAACGGCUGGCCAACAUAGCCAAGGACCCAGCCAGGUACCCAGCACUGAUGGAUGGGCUGGUUCUGCAGGGUUUCUAUCAGCUUCUUGAGGCCAAAGUGACCAUCCGCUGUCGUAAACAGGACUUGCAGGUGGUUCAGGCGGCUAUUCAGAAGACCAUUCCCAUCUAUAAAGCAGCAGUGAAGAACAAUAUUGAGGUUCGCAUCGACCAGGACAACUUCCUGUCCCCAGAGAUUUCUGGAGGUAUUGAGAUCUACAACGCUAAUGGGAAGAUCAAGGUGUCCAACACCCUAGAGAGCAGACUGGACCUCAUGGCUCAGCAGAUGAUGCCUGAGGUUCGAGUGGCUCUUUUUGGUCAGAACCAGAACCGCAAGUUUCUGGACUGAGUGUCGCCAUCCAUCGUCUUGAAGAGGAGUUAUUUAUUUUUGUUGUGUGAAAGUUACCAUUCCUGUGUCUGU